UCCUUCAAAGACUGGAAAACAGACGACUCUUCAGUUCAAACCUGUUGCCAAGAAGCCAAAGAAGAAUCCGUGGUCAGAUGAGGAAUCUGAAGGCUUGUCAGGAAGCGAAAUGGAGGAAGAGGAGGUGGCUGCCCCCAGGGAGCGCAUAGUACGCAAAACUAAAGCUCCGGUGAAGUACAGCAUGUCUGACAGUGAAGAUGAAUUUUCUGAGAGCGGAAAGAAGAGCUCUCCAAAGAGGAAAGCCAUUAUCACUGAUGAUGAUGAUGAUGAUGAUGCAAGCUUUGCCCCAGAGCCCAGUGAUGUCUCGGACAGUGACGUCAAGUCAUUAGCCCCACCUCCCAAAGCUCCAGAGCCAGCGUAAGUGUGAGAAAACUGCUAAUGCAGGAAAUAUUUUCAAAA